UCCCACAACAGGAACAGACCUUGCUUCCAGCAGCCAGAGCCCUGCUGAGUGGCACAGCUCUCCCCAGACUCAGGAGAGGUGCCAGGAACAGGAGACCUGCUCUGGGGAGCCGUGGUGAGGAGUGACUGGCUGCUGAGAGCUGUGAUGGAGCAGCACUGGUGGAGCUGGUGGAGAGGCAGGCGGCCAGCACAGGGCUGGGGUGAGGGCUCAGACAAUGAAGAUACUCAUGGAAGAGGAGGAGACAUCCUGUGGGACGUGCUCUGAUGGGGUCUUGCAGUGAAGAAUGCUGUGCAUUGAGAAUGACAUUACUGUGGGCUGGGAAAGAGCCUCUGAGCUGUGUGUACAUCAACAUGGGAACCCCAAAGCCUGAACGCAGCAGGAGCCUCGCUGCCGACUUCGGUGGAAAGAGAAGUUCCUCCUGCUCUCAGCCCCAGCUUGCAACAUGCCAAGCUGAUUUAAUGGUGCUGGUGCUCCUCCCUGCCUGCAAGAAGACUAAACAAGUGCUCAGCCGUUACUGGGAUGUGGAAUCUGGGACCCACAAGAUCCGGAGGUGACAAGGUUACACUGCUGACAGCUGUAGGAAAAGAGGUUCCCGGCGGCGCCUCGGGCGCGAAGCCUCCCCGGGGCCGAUCCGGAGGGACGGGGUGGCCGGAGCAGGGGGAGAAUGAAGCGGUGACGACUCCGGACAGAAGCCUGGCCACCUCUGAGCGGACCUCACCUGUGCACCAGAGCCCCCAGAGCCCCCCGAGCCUCCAGCCCUGCCCGCAGCCCCUGCCCCAGGCCGCGGGGCUCGGCGGGAUCCCAGCGGGAUGAACAUGGUAAAGAGCCCGGAGCCGCUGGAGCAGCGGUUGGCGGGGAUGGUGGCUGUCCGGGAGACGUCUCCAGCCUGGUCUGCGCUGGGAGAGGAGGGGCCGGCGACCAUCAAAAAGGAGAAGAGCCACGGGCAGGAUGAGGCAGACUGUAGGGCAAAGCUGAUCCUCAUCAACGGGGACAAUGCCUCUGGCGUUGUCCUGGAGGCGAAUGGGAAGCCCAGCACUCCAGAUUCCAGGGGCCUGGGGCUGCUGCCCCUGAAGAAGGAGAAGAACAGCAAUGGAGACCUCUCCAAGAAGGACCUGGCCUGGCCACUUGAUCUGCCAGUGCAGAGGAGCUCCAGGCGUCGCUCUGCCGUGCCCACACCCGUGACCAUCGACCUGACGGAGGAGGACUCGCAGGACUCAUCCCAGAGCAGCAGCACACUCUCGGGGAGCAGCUCCCAGGAGGGCCAGAACGGCUCUGCUGACCUGGGGGCCGAGGAGGCAGAGAGCAGAGACAUGGGCAUGGCACUGGAAUACCAGGAUGGGAAGGAGUUCGGAAUUGGGGAGCUUGUCUGGGGGAAGAUCAAAGGUUUUUCCUGGUGGCCUGCGAUCGUCGUGUCCCACAGAGCCACGGCCAAGCGCCAGGCAGUGUCGGGCAUGCGCUGGGUGCAGUGGUUUGGAGACGGGAAGUUCUCUGAGGUUUCUGCAGACAAACUGGUGGGACUGAUGGCCUUCAGGCAGCAUUUCAAUUCCUCCACGUUCAACAAGCUGGUGUCCUACCGCCGUGCCAUUUACCACGCUCUGGAGGUGGCCCGGAGCCGGUCGGGGAAGACGUUUACAACUGGCCCCAGGGAGUCUCUGGAGGAGCAGCUGAAGCCCAUGAUUGACUGGGCAAUCACUGGCUUCAAGCCCCUGGGGCUCAAGGGACUGCGGCCACCCAAAGGCUCAGAGAAUGGGGUGCUGAGGAAUGGGACAGAGGAGAUGGUGUCCCUUGAACAGUGUCCCCCCACCAAGAGGCUGAAGACCUACCCCUGCAACAGCAGCAAGGAGCAGCGUGUGGAAGAGGACCAGACCCGAGAGCAAAUGGUUUCUGACGUUACGAACAACGGCGGGAAGCUGGAAGACAGCUGUUUGUCCUGUGGGAGGAGGAACCCGGCCACCUUCCACCCACUGUUCAAGGGGGGCCUCUGCCAGACAUGCAGGGAUAGAUUCCUGGAGUACUUCUACAUGUAUGAUGAAGAUGGGUACCAGUCCUACUGCACCGUCUGCUGUGCAGGCAAGGAGCUGCUGCUCUGCAGCAAUGCCAGCUGCUGCAGGUGCUUCUGUGUGGAGUGCCUAGACGUGCUGGUGGGGCGAGGGACGUCAGCCAGAGUGAAAGAGCAGGAGCCCUGGAACUGCUACAUGUGCCAGCCCCAGCAGAGCCGCGGCGUGCUGCAGCGCCGGCAGGACUGGAACACGCGCCUGCAGGACUUCUUCACCAGUGACAAGGGACAGGAAUAUGCUGCACCCAAAAUCUACCCAACAGUUCCUCCAGCGAAGAGGAGGCCAAUUCGAGUGCUCUCGUUGUUCGAUGGGGUGACAACAGGACAUCCAGGAGCAGCCUCAUCGAGCGGUGCUGACGAGGGAGACUUGGAGGCUAAAGAGAGCAGUGCCACCUCAGACCUCUGUCCGUUGGCAGGGUACACGGUGCUGAAGGACUUGGGCAUCCAGGUGGAGAAGUACAUUGCCUCAGAGAUCUGUGAGAACCCCAUAGCCGCGGGCAAAGUGCGGCCCGAGGGCAACAUCACCUAUGUGCACGAUGUCAGGAACAUAACCAAGAGAAAUAUUGAGGAGUGGGGUCCUUUUGACCUGGUCAUCGGUGGAAGCCCCUGUGAUGAUGUCUCCCUUGUCAAUCCAACCAGGAAGGCUCUGUUUGAAGGAACUGGGAGGCUGUUCUUCGAGUUCUACCACCUGCUCAACUACGCCCGUCCCAAGGCAGGCGAGGAGCGGCCCUUCUUCUGGAUGUUUGAGAACGUGGUGGCCAUGAGGAUCAACGACAAGAGGGACAUUUCCCGGUUUCUGGAGUGUAACCCAGUUAUGAUUGAUGCAAUCAAGAUAUCAGCUGCCCACCGAGCUCGUUACUUCUGGGGCAACCUCCCUGGGAUGGACAGGAUCUUUGGCUUUCCCCUGCCCUACACGGAUGUCUCCAACAUCGGCCGCGGGACUCGCCAGAAGCUGCUGGGGGGCUCGUGGAGCGUCCCUGUCAUCCGGCACCUCUUCUCCCCACUCAAGGAUUACUUUGCCUGUGAAUAGCAAUUGGAGCGUCCCUCGUCUCUCUGGUAAUGAUGCACAGCACCGCUGCUGUGGCGGGAGAGGGACGGGCACGGCCACCGGGCUGCCAGGGCCCCGUCCCUCCCCAGGGAUGGCAGCCUGGGAGAGCCGAGGAAUGUCUGUAACCAAAGAACCUGGCAGGGCAACUUCUGUAAAGGGACUAACAGUGAUCCGUAGUAGGAAAUGAUGGACACGAAGCUUUAAUUACCCAGCACACGAAGCUCUAUGCAUCGCUGAUGAGAUGGGAGUCUCAUCCUCCAGAGCAUUAACUAUUCCUGUUUAGCCUGGAGCUGGGAAGUCACCACUUGCUGAGCAGCCAGUGUGCGGGCAGCUGCUGGGGAGCUGCAGGCAAACCUGAACUACAGUGAAUUGGUGCUUUUCCUAAACAAACAAAACCUCUUGAAGUAACUGCCAAAAACCCCCAAACCGUAGCAGCAGGUGUAAGGGACCCUGCUCAGGUUACACACUGAACACAGGAUCAAGAAACCAAAUCUUUUUUGUUUUUAUUUUUUUGAUAAAAUUUAAUUUUGUUGUUUUGAUGUCUAUUGCUGCUUUAAGGCAUUACAUAAGAAUGUGGAGAUUCCUAGACCUGAAUGUAGCUGAAACUGAACUGUGAGGUGAUAGAAUUACUUUUCUAGCUAGAACUAAAGAAAUAUUGUUUUAUAUGUUGUAGUUUACAAAUAUUCACUACUUCAUUUUUAAAGCAUCUAAAACCUCUCCUUACAUUUUAAAAUCCUGCUGAAUGGUUUGAAAGCUUACGCAGUAACUGGAGCAGGGAGGAUUUGGGCUCCAGGGUCUGUAAAGGAAAAUAUUCUUGGAGCAUCCAUCUCCCAAAAGAAUGUGGUAUGUCAGCAGGAAGGACAGUGUAAUGGUCAGUGGCACCCUCUAAUCUCAGCACCCCAAAUGUCACGUAGGAUGUCAUGAACCCAAGCAGUGGUGGCAGGGCAUUCCAUCCAGGGAAAAUCCCACCCAACCCUCAUGGAGUGCAGGGACCAGGAGUGCAGCACUGCUCUUGCCUGUGCCCAUCUCAUGCUGUGCCCAGGGAACAGGACAGUGAGGCAGGAAAGCGCUGCCACUGCUGGGAGCUCUGGGCUGUACUCUCCUCCCAUCCCUGUGCACACAGGUGGGAUUGUGUGC